AUGAAGCUCGAUUUGGCAGUCGUCAAUCGCCUCGGCCUGAACCCUGAGAAAACGAGAGUGUCCUCUGCAAGCGGAGGCGGCUCGAGCUCGGCAUCGACGUGGAAGAUCACGUCGCAACUUGACGAUGGCACGGAAAAGACAUUUUUCAUGAAGACUGGGAACGGGAAAGAGGCGGGAGUCAUGUUCCAAGCACAUCCGGGCUGGCUAAUUGACUGGCAGCGCGAUGAAGGCGAGUACGCAUCCCUCAAAGCCAUCAACGACGCCGUAUCCUCGCUAUGUCCUCAACCCCUCGUUUACGGACAAUUCGAAUCGCAGCCCUCUAUCUCUUUCCUCGUGACCGAGUUUCUUCACCUCACCGGACGAUCGAGCUCGAAAUCCUCCAAAGCGUCAUCGCUGGCAGCCAAGCUCGCUAAGCUACAUACCACGCCCGCGCCCAUACCAGAAGGCUACGACAAGCCUGUAUUUGGAUUCCCAGUGACAACGUGCUGCGGCGAUACACCACAAGAUAACAGCUACAAGGAGAGCUGGGCCGAUUUCUACGCGGAGAACCGUCUCAGAUUCAUUCUGCGAUGCGCGGAGAAGAACGGGAGGAAGGAUGGUGAUGUGAAGAAGCUGGUCGAGCAGACCGCGGCACAGGUCGUGCUCCGCUUAAUCGGUGACAGCCAUCUUAACAACGGCAAGGGAGUUACGCCAGUCGUUGUGCAUGGCGAUUUAUGGAGCGGCAAUGCCAGCGUAGGCUUUAUUGGUGCUAAGAAGGGCGAGCCUGAAGACGUGAUCUUCGAUUCUUCUGCAUGCUACGCACAUAGCGAGUUUGAACUAGGCAUCAUGAACAUGUUUGGUGGCUUCGGUAGUCCCUUCCUGAAAGAGUACCAUAAGCUGUGUCCGAAGACGGAACCGGUCGAAGAGUACGAAGACAGAGUAAAGCUAUAUGAGCUGUACCAUCACCUCAACCACUAUGCGAUGUUUGGGGGAGGUUAUCGGAGUGGCGCAGUCAGUAUCAUGAACGAGCUUAUCAAGAAGUAUGGUGGUAAAGGAUAG